UGAUCGAUAUAUGUGCGCGUGGCGAAGACGUUACACGGGGGUACGGGAGUACGGGAGUACGAUUCCCCUAAUGACUCAUCCUCGUCGGUUAUCGUCUUUUUCGGAAAGCCGCGGGGUCUCGCCCAGUCGUUCGGACGGUCGGUCGGUUUUGUCGGUUCGUUGAUAUUUUUUAUCUCCAUUUUUUUUCUUUUUUUUUUUCUUCUCUUCGCAACGCCACACGGUACGAGAUGUGCACCGCGAUCGAAACGUAGCCGACACCCCCGUCCGUGCGGACUUUGAAAAAUAUCACGUCGAUGUUGACGGUUGUAAACGCGCGGUGCCGUGCACUCGACUCCGUACAAACGAGGGCGUUUCUUCGCCGUCGAACCGCUCGCGCUAGCGGACCGCUCGUUAUCGAGAACUCGUCGCGAUUCGCCCCGUUUUCGCUCACUCGUCCGCGAAUCGUCUCGCGCGGUCGAGGGUGAGUUUUACAUCUUCAAAUUUCGACGGACCUUGUCGUUGAAACGAAUAUCCAUGGUGAAACGUUCGAUUCUACAGGGUUCGCAGUCGUCGUCAGCGUCGAUUGAUUUCCAAAAAUAUACGCAGGACGCACGAGCAGGUUAUCCGGAAGGUCAGGCCGACUCUCACAUCAUUACUGGAAUAAUGAAACGCGAGGCCGACGGUGGUACCAUGACCGGCGGAGGAGGUGGAGGAGGUGGCGGAGGUGGCCCCACCAGUCCUCACAAACGCUACCGUCAAGGUGACGACGAACUCCGUCUUCUGAUACCCAGCAAGGUUGCCGGUUCGAUUAUCGGCAAGGGAGGACAAAAUAUCACAAAACUCAGAAGUCAGUACAAAGCCUCAAUCAUUGUACCCGACUGUCCCGGACCUGAACGAAUUCUGACGAUCAGCUCGGACUUGGACACGGUCUUACAAGUGGUUAACGAAGUCGUUCCCAAUCUCGAAGAGAAUGGAUCCAGACACGGCAGUGACGAAAUCGACGUUCGUAUGCUCGUACACCAAAGCCAAGCGGGAUGUAUAAUAGGCAAGGGAGGAUUCAAGAUCAAGGAGCUCAGAGAGAAAACUGGUGCCAGGAUCAAGAUUUACUCAAACUGCUGCCCUCAAAGCACCGACAGACUCGUCAGCAUCUGUGGCAAGCCCAGUACCUGCGUUGACAGCAUUAGAGAGAUUAUCAGUCUCAUAAAAAUCUCACCGGUAAAAGGAAUAAACAACCCUUACGACCCCCACAACUACGACGACUUUUAUGCGGAAGAAUACGGUGGUUACGGUGGCAGUGACGGACCUGGCGGUCAAAACAAGGGUAGCGGAUAUGGUGGUCCGGGUGGUCGAGGAGGCGGAGGAGGUGGCGGAGGAAUGUCGCGAAGAGAAGGUCGUGGGGGUGGCGGAGGUGGGGGUGUCGGUGGUGGCGUAGGUGUUCCACCCGAAAUGAAUCGAGGAUUUCCACCACCGCGACCGAGGGGUGGACCACCGGGAAGUAACAUGUCAGGACCACCUGAUCGCGGAUAUGGAGGAGGAGUGACUCGCGGCGGGGGGGGAGGAGGAUACGAUGGGGGUCGUGGAAAUGGCGGUGGAUACAGCGGAAACCGAGGUGGUCCACCGCUUUAUGGUGGCGGUGGAGGCAACUACAACGAUAACGGCUGGGGAAUACAGGGAGGAGCACUAAAUGGCAUAGGAGGUGGCGGAAAUGGAGGAAAUUCGGGCAUGGGUGGUCCACCGCUAGGAGGUAAUCCAGGUGGCAACCAAGGAGGAAAUCUUGGGGGUGGCGGCGGCGGCGGUAAAGGCAGUACCCAAGUCACGAUUCCUAAAGACCUCGCCGGAGCUAUUAUUGGCAAAGGUGGUGCGAGGAUCCGAAAAAUCAGAUCGGACAGUGGAGCCGGUAUAACUAUAGACGAACCUCUGCCCGGUAGCAAUGAUCGCAUAAUCACCAUAACCGGCCUACCAAAUCAAAUCCAGAUGGCCCAAUACCUUUUGCAGCAGAGUGAUGGCAGUACAGCAACUCACAGCAAUCGUCCAGCCCAAAAACCACAUUUUUGAAAUGUGCAUGAGAAUUCGGAGCACUAUUAAAAAGGCGAUGGAAAAAUGAAAAAGAAUCACGGGGGAGCCAAAGAUGCGUUUGUAACUUUUUUUUUUUAGAAAUAUUUGAAGGAAACAGAAACUUCCACUGAAAAUCUAAUAGGGAUGAUCUUCCCGUUUCGGUCAGCAAGUUGUAGGUGGCCUAAACAGAUGGGAUAUUUUUUCAGAUCACUUUCAGUAGCGAAGACUUUGUAGAAUACAUAACUGUACUUUUAGUAAGCGUUGGCAAGCUACUAUGCCGGCCAAUCAGCUAGAGUAGCAUUUUCUUUUCUUUCAUUUUUAUCACGUUUCUCAUACGAAAGAUAAGGUGGUCUCACGCUAGGUGAUACACGGUGCGAUGUUAUAGUUUAUCGAUGACCUUCAUUUUUAUCAUUUAUACUAUGAAUUUAUUUUACAAUGAUCAUGAUUUUAUAUUAUUGUUCAACAGGGCUCGAUAUUUGAUAAGAAUAUUUAAACUGUUGAGUAUCUAAUCUAGAAUUAUUUUACGGCGGUGAUUAAUAAUGCAAAAGAUUUUCCCGAAAAGCAUUUUACUGCGUAGCUCUUUACGUGACACCACCCUACAGCCCUGCGAACCCCAGCUGUAGCUCUCCCCAAAUUGUAAGUCACUGGUUUUCAACAGUUAUUUCUGGAAAUUUUUAUUAUUCUAGUUUUCCUUUUCUUUUUUUCCUUUUUUUUUUUUUUUUUUUGUUUGUUUGUUUUUUAUAAAUGAUAUACAGAUGAGAAACCAAAUUGUACUACCUAUAAACACACACACUCAUACACACACGUACACUGACAUCAAAAGAGAAUGAUGGAUAUUGAAUGAUGACUGAUUUAAGCCCAUGACCAGAUGUGAUUGCAUAAUGAAGGAGAGCUUAGCAUUUUGUACAUAAAGUAACCUUUCCGUAACACCAUCCGCUGCCAUGUAAACACUUUCUGAACUUGCAUUAUCGAUAAUAUUAAUAAUUAUAAUAAUUAUAAUAAUUAUAAUAAUAAUAAUUCACUGUUAUAACCCAUCCCAAUAUAUUACUAAUAAAACUUUACAUGUAGCAAACAUGUUCUUAUCAUUAAUCCAUCGAAGCAAGCGUCUAUUUUAUGUUAUAAUAAUUUUACUCUGAUAGAAUUAACUAAUCUAACCAUACAUGCGGAAAAUAAAACUCAUCGGUGAGAGAUCAGUGAGUAGCAUAUUCAGAUGAAUCGAAUCGUGAGAUUAUAUCUUUUUUUGUCUUUGAGCAAACAACAUUUAAAGAUCAUAAAACUGAAGUUUUUUCGGCAUACACAUCAGUAUACGUCGCAAAUAUAUACGUACGUAAUGACAAUAGCUGGACAUGGAAUCUAGUCCGCAACUAAAUUCAAUGCAUGUGGAGGAAGAAUGAAUCAGAAUCAUAUCGCGCUUCGCCAUAUGGUAUGCACAAUUAUUAUGGUACGUUUAGUUAUCAUCGGUAUCAAACGAUCUCUGACGUCUACAUUGCCCUUCUACUCGGUGAUUUUUUGAAGACUUGAUUACAAUAUUACCGGUUUCCCUGUUUUUAGAUUACAGAAGCAAAUAACACAGCGUAUGAAUUUUCGUUUCAGACACAAGGUAUGCGAUUAUUUCAUUUUGAACUGUUAUCAAUAAGAUUAAAGUUCUGCUUAAUCUUAGGUUUUUUUUAUAUACAAUAGUGAUAUGGAAGGAAAAAAUUAUUUAGUUCUUGAAAACACAAACAUCAUAUCACGCUAAUAAUUACCUAAGAUCAUAUAGGGCAUUGUAUCAUAUGUUAUAACAUACAUGAUAAUCAAUUAAGUCGAAAUACAAAACAAAGAAUACCGUUAAAUACUUUUGUAAUAGCGGAUGAAUGUGACAUGCUGUCGUACGAGUCGUGCAUAUUGAAAAUGUCAUAACAUAAAAUAACCGAAUGAAUUAUGCGCGUUGUUGAAGUCUUGAAUAAAAGAAAGAAAAAAGAGCUCCAGUUGGUACGUCCAUUCGACUAUAUGAAAUAUAGUUUUAUAUCUUAUCAGCAAGGAAUAAUAAAAAAUAGUUUCAGUUCCAGAGAAAAAAAUUUUCUCGGUACGUGCGAACGUAUUUUCAAAUAAAACAAAUUAUUGACGGCAACACAUGUUCUGUGUGCAGUCAUCAGUCUCGUAUUAAAUUUUUCAGCAGACAACAAGGUAUUUCUUGAUCUGUAUGACGGAUUUGUGUUAGAAACUGAUGGUCGUGAACGUUGUCAGUAUAAAUACUUUCAUCUAGUUACAAAGGACGCAACAGUAUCAGAUGAGCACCUUUGAACUAAAAUUCACUCCGUCAAGCGUUCGAAUAAAUUCCCAAAUCACUCGUGCGCUAAGAUACCUUAUGCGACGCUACAAAAGAAUAUUAUUAGCCUCGGCAAAGCAAAAAUUGUGAGUUUUAUCUUCACCGGUAAAAGGCAAAUUCGAGUCCAAAGGAAUUUACGAGACUUCUUGAAUUUCGAAAUGAACGAUAAUGAGCGGUAUGACGUUUUUUUAACAAAGCCUUUGCCCCCGUCUGUCACGAAGUGCUUUUUUCCGAACAGAAAGAUCAUGAAAUCGACCGUUGCCCAAUCGUAGAAGAAUCGAGUCACAAUCAUUUGCACUGUUCAUUUACGAUUAACACCUUCGAUAUUUGUACAAUUCAGUAUAUGUACAAAAGGUUGGUCCUCGGAAACUUCAUUUCUGAAUUUUGAUGAUACCGUAGGCUCAAAUUGUUGGGAAUAUUGAGAAAAAAUAUUUAUCCGUGAAAGAGCUCUUCAUUCUAAUUUUGAACCUUUUCAUCGGGGGUUUUUUGUUAACUGAACCAUUAAUUUCAGUAUGUGACAGGUUCCAGAUACAAAAAUAACGUUCCCAAGGACCACCCUAAUAUACAAUUCAUAUAAUGUAUAAUGGAUAAUUUUUAUUUGUCAAAUAAAAGUUAGUACAAACGAG